AUGAUUCCUUCAGAAAUUUAUUCUUCGAACAGUAACGAUGAACCGUUUUGUAUUCGUUUGCUUAUUUAUUUAUUCCGAAAACUUGGCGAGCAAAUAACUUUUCAUCCGUGGUCAUUUAUUAUAACUACUAUUGUUGUAACUGCAAUGUGUUCAUCAUCGAUACCAUUAACAAAAAUAACGAACGAUGUCACCGAUUACACACCAUAUGCAGCUCGAGCUAGGGAAGAGCUGGAGGUGGCAUAUGAAGCAUUUUUCUCACGCAAAGGACAACCAAUUUUAAUUUUAAUAUUCAUCACUGCUAAAAAUGGUCAAUCAAUGCUCAAUAUUCCACAGUUAAAUGAUACAGUUAGGAUUCUAGAUCAUGCAGUUAAUGAUAUUUUCUUGCAUAAUAAACAUACAAAUCAAUCGUUAUCCUACAAUCAGCUUUGUACAAAUUUCUGUGAUCUCAAUGAACCUGUACGAAAUUUCUAUUAUGGUUUAAAAAUUAGCAAAAGUCAUAAUAAUACGCCGUUGGCAAUUGAUCUAAGUUUCCCUGUAACUACGGUAUUAGGGAUGAAUUUUCGCGUCGACAAUAAUUUCUAUGGUGUUAAAGCAGAAAUUGAACGAGAAAAUGGAAGGAAAGAGAUAAUCACAUUGAAAGAACUAAAAUCGGUGAAAGGCCGAACAAUAUUCGACGAUGAGAGAGCUAAAAUAAAAAAUAAUUUACGCGAUAUUCGAAUGGUUUUGCUACAAUUUCGCGCAAAUAAACCAGCCGAUGCAUUGCAAAAUGAAAUAGAACGUUUUGAAUUGGAUGUUGUUGAAUAUUUCAAAAAGUAUAUUGUUACAACAAACUUUUCAUCAGAAUAUGUGGAUGUGGUGAUCAUGACACCAUUGUUUGCGACUGCGGAAAUCGUUCGAUCCGGACUGCUGCUCUUCCCUUACGUUAUUUUAGGCUUUAUUAUAAUGUGUAUUUUCUCCACAUUUACCACCACAAUUAGCGCUCUCCUCAUGUCACAAAUGAAUCUAUCAAAGAUCGCUAUAGCAAUAAUGGCUUGCGUUUGCCCAAUGAUGGCUUGUGGAACCGGUCUCGGGCUACUUUUUUGGUUUGGACUUCGUUUUGGUUCAACGCUUUGUGUAACACCAUUUCUCGUGCUGGCUAUCGGGGUUGAUGAUGCUUUUCUGAUGAUAAAUUCCUGGCAACGCAAUAAAUCUCUAAGAUCUUCGUUUCCAUAUUCCAUCUCAGAUUUCAAAGAAAAUUCAUCUACAAAUAAACUGAAGGCUAGAAUAUGUACCAUGCUGGAAGAUAUUGGUCCAUCUGUAACUAUCACAACACUAACGAACGUUUUAGCAUUUGGCAUUGGAAGUCUCACGCCAACUCCUGAAAUUCAGUUGUUUUGCCUGGGAAAUGCUGUUACAAUGACGAUGGAUUUUAUUUAUCAAAUUACUUUUUUCACUGCGAUUAUGGUGGUGGCAGGAAAAUAUGAAAUGACAUACGAAGGAAAAGCAUCUAUCAAAAGUCAAAAUCAUUCAAAAGAAAAUUCUUUGAAAAGUUUACUGGUGAACACAUUUAAAAGUUUAGUUGAAAAGUAUUGCGAUAUUUUGUGUUCUAAAUUGGUUACAUUUGUCGUUAUUUUAUCUCUUAUCAUUUACUGGUGUAUAUCAAUUUACGGAGCAAAAAAUAUGACAGCUGAACUCAGACCUGAGCGACUUUUAGUGCAAGAUUCUGACAUGGUCAAGGCUGAAGAUUUUGAAAGCCUGCCAAGUUCUUUAGGACGCUUCGCUAGCAACUUUUGGUUAAGAGAUUUUGAAGAAUUUAUUCGAGUAUCUGAUCGCUCCAUCGAUGAAAAUCAAAAUAAUAUUACUAGCAUUUCAACAGUGACAAACGAAUUACGAUAUUUCCUCGAAUGGCCCGAAUUUCGUCACUGGAAAGGUUUCUUGGAUCUUUCAACAGAUGAAAAUGGUCAAAUUAUAUUGAAUAAAUUUUUUUUUACAAUUUCUUCUCAUGGUGAAGAACUAAAACAGUGGUCGAAUAGAGCUAUAUUAUUGCAAAAGCUUCGUGAAGUUGCUGACAAUUAUUCAUUCUUCGAAGUUAGUAUCUAUGAUGACGAUGCAAAAUUUCUCGACCUUAUUGGAACUUUAGUCGUACAAACUCUGCAAUCAUCGAUUUGUACUUUUGUUUGUAUGAUGUUUGUUUGCUUACUAUUUAUUAAACGAACCAGUGGUGCAAUUAUUGCAACUUUUUCUAUCAUAAGUACUUGCUUGGGAAUCUAUGGUUUCCUCUCUAUAUGGGAUGUGAAUUUGGAUCCAAUAGUAAUGUCAGCUAUGAUUAUGUCCAUUGGUUUCAGUGUGGAUAUUCCUGCUCAUGUCACCUACCAUUAUUACCAAAGACCUUUACCGAGUCCAAAAAUUCGCUUAUAUCAUUGCAUGUGUACAAUAGCGUUCCCUAUAUUGCAAGCAGCGUUAUCAAGCUUGUUUUGCGUACUCAGCGUGACUUAUGUCGAACUUUAUAUGGGAAAAGUGUUUGCAAAAACAAUGAUAUUAAUCGUGACUAUUGGCCUGGCACAUGGCCUUAUCAUAAUCCCAACCUUGUUCAAUGCUUUGCAUCUCUUACAAUCUUUUCGUGCUAAGAAGCAUAACACCAUUUAUGAUCAGUCAUCGUUAAAAACCCCUCCAAUAUCUGCUAUAACUAUUCGAACUUCCGGAAUUCACACGUGA